CUUUUUUUUCUCUUAUCAUUAUUGUAAUCCUUCAUUUAUUUUAUAAUGAUGGCAUAUAUAAUGACAACAUGGAGAAGGCUUACCUUUCUUGCUAUUUUAUUGACAUUGUAUAUCAUUAGAGUAUCAGCUAGGCAAGUUUAUUGGCCAAAUUCUCUUUCUCAAUAUAUAACUAUUGAUAACAAAAAUGUAGAAAUUAACGAUUGUAGUGACUCCUCAUUUGUGCUAGAAAUUGAUCAUAUUGAUAUAAAGCCUGAUCUUGUUGUUCCAGGAGGUGACGUAAUCAUUCAAGCUAAUGGAACUUUAAGUACACCUGUUUUACCUGGAGCUAUGGCUGAUGUGGCAGUUAAAUUAGGAGCAAUUAGAUUAUUGCACAAAUCUUUUGAUAUUUGUAAGGAAUUGGAGGAUAAUAAAGACAAGGUAGAACUACAAUGCCCUAUUCAAGAUGGAUACCUAACUGUUACUCAAAAAAUCACAUUACCCAAGGAAAUCCCUAGAGGAAAAUUUAGUGUUCUCAUAAAUGCAUAUACGUCAAAUGAUGAAGAUUUGGCAUGUCUACGGAUAUCUAUUGACUUUCGCAGACGUAGAAAACUUUGGCAGAUUAGCUAUUAAAUUUUAUUUACUUAGUAAAGUUCAAUGUAAUAAAAAGCACAUUUUAUCCAGUUUAUACACA